AUGACUGAAGAUGGAUAUUGUGAAAUUGUAGAAAUUGCGCUCGGGCAUGAUAACCGAGUAAUUGGGCUUGGCUCCAUAAAAUUUUCUGAAUUGCAAUAUGAUGUUUCUGGCGUACCAGCCGCUGAAGAUUGUGAAGGCGCUGUAAUGAACGAACCAGCUAGAGAUGAAUAUUGUGAAGUGGUAGAAUUUAUGCUCGGGCUUGAUAUCAUCUCUGAUGACUGA